AAGGACGGGGUGAAAACGCCAGCACUCCCUCGUUAGUCAGGCGACUCGCCCGCCCGCGCUCGCACACGGUCGCCUACACUCAUUUCGUUGAGGCGAAGACCACACUCCGUCGCACCUGCCUCUGUGUUUGUUGUGUUUGGCUUUGUUUUUUCUCGUCGGUGGUCAUCUCUUGCCAGUGUGACAGGGGAGACCUGACCUGAGGUCUUGCGAUCCCGUCCGCAAAACUGAAUCUCAAUUAAGUAAAUGGACAAACCAGCAAUUGACUCGUAAAUUCGGGAAAAGAGAAUCGAAAAGAAAAGAAAAUCGAAAUGAGAAUGAAGGUGUUUGAGGCCAAAUUCCUGCUCCUGCUUUUCCAGCUGCUCGUCGCCGUGGUGAUGGUGCUAACGAUGCUCACCAUUUUCUACCGGAAGGAAAAGGGAACUCCCAAGGAAACUCUCUACCAGAAGUACGGAAUCGAACACAUCUUCAGGGACGAGAGAGAUCCCAACGACGUAUACGGACAAUCUGUCAUGCACGCCAUGAACCCGCAGUACAUGCAGCCAGGAGCUCCUUUGCAAUACAUGCAGCAGCAACCAGGAGCUGGUGGACAGUUCAUGCAGCAGGUGCAGUACAAGCAACAAGGCCCCCCUGCUCCAAAUGCCCAACAGCAACCUGCACUGCAUCCUCAGCAGCCUGCAGUUGCAAAGGACUCUGCAGCAGGGAGCAACGGCUUGGUCCAGAAUUCUCCAGAGUUCGAAAUCGUUCCCUCCGCCAAGAACGUGACUCCGCACGACGCCCGGCUGCUCGUGUACAACCGCGUGCCCAAGUGCGGCUCGACCACCGUGCUGGACAUCCUCAACUUUAUCAUCACCGGGAUCAAUAUCUGCACCGCAUCAGCAGAAACAUUUAAUCACAAUCGCUAG